AAUAAUAUAAUAAAAUUGUACAGAAUAUGUCCUUCCUAUUUACAUGUUGAUUUGUAUUACAUAUAUGUUGUAUCUUAUUAUCGUCCUACGGUCGAGCCAUCUGCCCGAUUAUCUACUAAAUUGUUUGCGAAAAGUGAAAAUCAUCAUAUUUGUUCAAAAUGUUGAUCACGAGAUCAUUCCGACAAAUAAUGAAAAAAUGGUUCAAUAUGCAAAAGAAAACAACACAGGGAGUACAAUCAGCUAAGGAAGCAGUGUUUCGCGGAGGUGUUAUCAUUAUCAGUGGUAUUCUCAUUAUUUGGUUAUCUGUAUUUCUCUAUACGGCGUUUUACUAUGCUUACAUGCCUAGUAUGUCAUAUGUACGGCCUGUGCAUUUGCAAUUCAAGUCAUGCGAUGAGGACAAAGGAAUUUGCAGUUUUCCAUCGGCCCAUAUACAGUUGACGAAAAAACAGAAUCUACUGAUGGUUGGCCAGCCUUAUAAAAUUAAUUUACAUUUAGAAAUGCCAGAGUCUCCUGCGAAUAAAGAACUUGGAAUGUUUAUGGUAUGUGCACAAUUACGUAGUAGAGAUGGAUUCUUAGUGGAACAUGCCUGCAGAUCAGCAAUGUUGCAUUACCGUAGUACAUUAUUACAUAUGCUUAGUACUCUUACAUUUUCACCUAUGAUGAUCUUUGGUACUACAGAAGAAAAACAAAAUGUUGUCCUUGAAUUGUUUGGAAAUUUUGAAGAAGAUCAAAGUCAUCCGGUUACAAUAAUUUAUAUUGAAAUUCAAUCAAGAUAUAUAGAAUUUUAUUCUGCGUCGAUAAUCAUCAAUGCAAAUCUAUCAGGCUUACGCUAUUUGAUGUUUCAUUGGCCUAUUUUAUCAACCAUUAUUGGUAUCGGAACAAACUUGUUUUUCUUAGUGCUUAUAUCUAUUCUAUCGUAUUUACAUUUUGCCAUGGAUGAAGAAGAUAAAGAGGAGAAUUUUGUUUAUGAAAAAGGCGAAUCAGAAGAAGAGAAAGAUAUCAAGACGCUUAGUGAUUUAUCAUCAGAUUCUUCAUCGCAGGAAGAUGUUCCUGCAUUAGAAGAUGUUCCAAAAUCUUGGUAUGAAGCUUAUUCGAGUCAAUCAUCUGAUCCGAUAUUAGGCGAGCCUAGUUAUAUUCAAGAAAUUUCAACUCUUAUAGCAGAAUCAUCUGACGUCGAACUUAUGAAUUAGUUUGAUUUAUUUGUACAAAUGCAUUACUUGUUAAAAACAACGAAACGUACUCUAUUAUGUACAAACAAAACAACAAAGUGAAUAUUACUAUAUUUAGAUAUAUUGCUAAGGGGGAUAAUUUAGUCGAUAAUUUAUAUUUAUACCAGUAAAAUUCGAGUCAGUGUUUUGUCUUAAUAAUAAUUAAUUUAUAUAACAAAUAUAUUAUGACUCUCUGUAUAUUAAUUUAAAAAGCAAACAAUAUUGUGAUGUGAAGAUCAAUCUAUGUAUUUUUAUAUGUUAGAAGUUAUUUAAUUAUUUACUGUCACUGUUAAUAUUUUUUUUCGAACUUUCGAACAUUAAAUGAAAAACAAUACACACUGUAGAUGCAAUGUCAUGAAAUCAAAAAGGUAUAAUGUUUAAGAUAUUGUAUAUAUUUACACAGAGAUAUAUACACAGGUUGCGUUUUAUAUUAGAUAAGUCUGCAUUUAUAUGCAUUUGUGUAUAUCAUCUUUAUAGAUGGCGAAAUACUCGUGAUAAAUUGAUCGUCGACUUAUUUACAACGAGUAUAAUAAUUAAUAGACAUGAUGUCACAAAUUAUGUGAGGUAUUUUCUUUAUGUAGAUUUUUUGAUAAUAUUAUGUGAUAUUUUAUUUCCUGGCAUUAUAUGUACGAGUAUAUAUAUAUAUGUCAAUAUGACGAAAGAAAAAGCGACUGAUCGAUGAGAUAAAGUAACAAUGGAAUUAUUAUCAAAAAUCUUGAAUUGAUAUUGAUACUUAUCUAAUAUAACAGUGAUAAUAAAUUUUUGCACUCGUCAA